AUGGUCGGAUUGAAAGCCCUCUUCAAAAAGAAAGAACCUACCGAUCCCAAAGAGAGAAGAAAAUCUGUUGCAGUGCUGACUUCUCCAAGAGCUGGACCUCCCAAUCUCACACAAACAGAAGGAGGAGUCUCAGAAACGACCACCAGCAGUGAGAAUUCAAAAGUGAAAACUCCAAGACGUGUCACAACAGCUGUUGUUGAAAAUCACCAACAAUUUCAAACAACUCCUCCACAUAUUCAUCUAACUCCUGGAAAUCCUGUCAAUGUUGAAAGGUCACCCAUUGCAAGUGAAAAGAAACCUCCAAGAAGAAGACAUCAAAAACGUCGAAAGAGUAUUUUCGAUUUUUUCAAACAAAAAAAGGAUUUGGAUGAAAGUGAUGAAGAAGAUGAUGAUGAUGAUGACUUUGAUAGUUCUUCUAAUGUAAAAUCGUCACAUCCUCAAGUUCAAGCAUUAUCUUUGGGUGCAUUGAAAGCUGCAACUACUGAGGACAGUUCGAAUUCCGAGCUUGAUAAACAAUCCCAAUCUCACCAUGAAGAGAGUCAUCACCAUGAACGUACAAUUUCUGAAGAAAGAAUUGCAUUGAGAAGAAGAAGUGGUAGAAAAUCCUAUACAUUGGCUAUGGAUGUUCAAAAUAUGGCCAUGAAUGGAGAUGAAGAUGCAAAAUUAUUACUUAAAUUUUAUAAGGAUGCUUAUACACGAGAGUCACAGAUUCAGAAAAACAAAAAUGUUGGUAAAAUUGUCGAAGAUUUACUGAACUUUGAAAAGAAGAAGGGUAUUGGAACUCCAAGUGCAGAUAAAGAACAGAACGGUGCACUUUUGGCUGAAGCUUCAAACCAUGCAGGAGACGAAUUAAACACCUCCAAAGAACAACAUCAUGCAGCAGGUCGUGAUGAUACAUCCACCGAUGAAGAUUCCAUGACCAUUCAAACCAAUGAAAAUUCCUCCACCGCUUUAAAUUCGUCACAGCUCAAUUCGGAUGACCAGUCCAUCACUCCAACAUCCUGUUCUAUGAAUACCUCCAUAAGUGCCUGUUCUCCAACCAUGUCGUCCUCAAGCAACUCGAGAAAAGACUCUGUCUCUCCUUCCUCUCAUCUUCCAUCUGGCUUAACAGAUUCUCAAAUGAAUUUAUAUCAAAGAUUGAAAGCAAUUUCUGAGAGAGAAGAACGUGAAAGAGAGGAGCAACAUCAGAGAGAAAUUGAAGAGAGAUUGAAAAAACAACGAGAAUUGGAAGCCAAAAUGAAAUCCAUGUUAGAAAGUGAUGACUCAGAUUUGAGUGACGAUGAUGACACAAAAGAAACUUCAUCAGUUACCACUGUCAAUCAUCAUUCUACAGAAAGUAAUGUCACAACUCCUUCAAUGGUUGUCACUGCCGCUACUACCUCCACAGAAGAAUCAAAUUCUGUCACAACUUCCAACACUGAAACGUUGAAUCUUUCUGAAUCUGCACUAUUGUUACAACAACGUAGAAAACAAGAAGAACAAGCUCUUGAAAAAUUGAGACAAGAGCAAGAACAAGCUCGUCUCGAGCAAGAGCGCAUCGAAAAAGAAAAAGCUCUUCAACUCGAACAAGAACGAAUUCAAAGAGAUUUAGAAUUAAAACAACUCGAAGAAACUAAGAGAAGAGAAGCAGAAGAACUGCAUCGAAAGAAACUUUUAGAGGAGGAAGAAGAACGAAAAUUGAAACAACAAAUUGAAGAGGAAAGAGCAUCUCUCUCUUCACAACUCACACAACUUUUAUCAGAAUUUAAUGAAUCUGGAAAAUUACAAGAGUGGAUUCGACAUGUGGAAUCAAAAAUGCAUCUAGUGACUUUGUUAAAAUCCGAGUUGAAACAAGCAAAAGAUUUACAACACAAUCAAACAUCGAAGCGAACGGAAUAUAACUCUAGUUUGAAUUUCCUUCUGGAUAAACAAAAAGAUCCAGAAAAGUUGUUACAACCUUAUGAAAUUGAACUCAUGAAAGAACGAGUCAAGAAUAUUUAUCCUUUGUAUUUACCAAAAUCAGAAAUUGCAAAAAUGGAAGAACAAAUUGCCCAAAUUGAGAAUACAGAAAAGAAAAAACGAGAAGAACAUCAACUCAAACUCGAACAAGAAGCUGCUGAAAAACUGAAAAAGGAGAAGGAACGCCAACAAUUAAUCAUUCUUCAACGAUUAAUUAAGGAUGGUAAUGUGAAAGUCAUUUCCGAUGAGCUCAAACGAAAUAAUCCACUCCUUCGUUCCAUUAAUUUGCAAAAUAAGAACAUUUCAAACGAUGAUGUCUAUGAAUUGGCAGAUGCUCUCGUGGAGAAUACUUGUCUCACAGAGUUGGAUCUCUCUUUCAAUACACGAGUGGACGAUGAAUGUAUGGAUGCUUUGGUGAGAAUUGUCAAGAAUAAUCAUACUUUGAGGAAGUUGUAUCUGGAAGAUACAUUCAUUCAGAACAAUCAGCCUUUGAUUGAUGCUGUGGCUGGUAAUUUCAAAUUGGUCGAUAUGGUGCUCUCGGAAUUUGCCACCGAUGAUCAAUUGGAUCAGUUGGACUUGUACUUGGAUAGAAACGAAGCAUUGUAA